AUGGCUUCUACUCAAGGUAGUCCGCAAGACAAGGAUAAACAACCAACCACGAACGUCAAAAAAAUCAACCAGACGCAACAAUCCACCAUCAACGAGGAGAGGGAUGAAAAGCCUUCCAAGGAGAAGAAGGGGAGCAAGGUUCUAGAUGCUGCUGCUGGGAUUUUGGGACUGCCGCAUGUUUCGAGCAGCAAGUGA